AUGAGGUUCAGCGCCCCCCUCACCGCUCUGGCUGCGGCCGCUUCGUUGACACUGCUUCCAUCCGUAGCAGCACACGGUCCCGAAAGCAAGGACGAAGUUGUCAAGUUCCUCGAUCAGCAGCAUGCAGCCUACCACUGCGCACCUGCCAUCGCUGCUAUGACUGCCGCGCGCAAGAAGUCGUGGGCGCAAAAGGUGCUUGGCGGCGACUCAGUACAGAACAAGAACCUCUUCAUUGACGGCUACUUCGAGGAGCUCGGCAUCGAUGGCGAGAUUGCUGCCAAGGGCAUCAAGGCACUCGAGGAGAAGGGAAAGCGCAUCAUGGCAUGUGACCCCGUCGUCGAGAGCAAGAUCCGCAACUCGACGUGUGUCCUGUCACCCGAGACCACUCCCGGGCCUUACUACCACACCGAAGAUCACCCCAUUCGUGCCAACAUGGCCGAUUGGCAGCUCGGCGUACACUUCCAGAUGGACGUUGGCGUGAUUGACGUCGACACAUGUGAGCCCAUCCCCAACAUCCUCGUAGACCUCUGGCACGCCAACGCUACCGGUCACUAUUCGGGCCACCCUGACCCGGCGCCGCACCUCAAGGACGAACAGCCGGCUUCGACCGGUGUGCGAAAGGGUCUCCUCUCUGCCUACCCCCGCACCAACACGCACGAGUCAUGGCUUCGAGGUGCCCUGCCCACCGACAAGAACGGCGUUGCUCAGUUCACCAGUGUCUUCCCCGGCUACUACACGGGACGAGCUACGCAUGUCCACGUCAAGCUCCACAACGACUGGCAGGUGCUCCCCAACGGCACCUUCCGAUCUGGCAGGCUGAUCCACACUGGACAGUUCUUCUUUGACGACGAGCUCAACAUGAUGAUGGACAAGGUGUGGCCGUACAACACCAACCCGAUCGCCGACUUGCCAGGGCGAGGACGAACGCGCAACUGGGAGGACUCGCUGCAGAUCUACCAGGUCUCGCACGACGGCGGCUACUUCCCUACGUUUGACGUUGAGAAGCUCGGUGGUGUCAUGACGGAUGGACUGAUCGGCUACAUCACUGUGGGUGUCAACCGCUCGGUGGUGGUCGACGAGAGCUGGGUUCCGACCACCGGUGGUGGAAAGACCAAGCCAUGGGUGCCCAGCAGUGAGGGUCCUGCCCACGAGGAGCUCUAG